ACGUUUAUAAAAAAACUGUCAAACGACGGUUUGUUUUGUUUUUAGGUUAUACCGUAUUUUUUCGAAUUUUUCAAAUUAUUAAACUAAUUUACAAUGAUCGAUUUAUUAGAUGGAAAUAGAAAAAACUUAAGCGAACCAUUUUACACAAAGAAUCUUGCAGAGCAUGGCCAAAUUGUAUUUAUACAGUUUUCCCCUUACGAAUGGUCCCAGGACGUUUUCUUAAUUGGUUUCAAAAAGAAAAUUUUACUAGCUCAUCUCGAAAUCACCGAUGUACUUUCAGUUAGAAUAAUAACGGAAUUCACCCACCCGGUAAGAUGCACAGCUCUAAGCAUAUCUCCAGAUACAUCUUUGGCGGCAUUACCAAAUAAAGUAAUAUUUUGUGUAGGAGGCAAUGACUUUAAGCUUAGAGUAUUUAAUAGUGACUUAGGCGAAAAUAGUACAUGUAAGGUAUUAAGUGGCCAUACUAGUUAUAUCAAUGAUUGUAUGUAUGAUCCUGAAAACACCUUUUUGGCAUCAACAAGUGACGAUAACACUGUCAAGAUUUGGUCUACAGAUGAUUAUGAAUUGAAGUCUACAUUUUCAUUAACAUCCCCAGGGAUGAAUGUAUGUUGGCAUAGAGCGGACAGUGGAAAGCUAUUAGUAGCUGAAAAAAUUGGAAUAAUACGAUUUUACAAUGUGGAAACCGAAACAUCUAUACUUUCCAUUGACUAUAACAAACCACUUUCAUGCGCACAUUGGGCCCCUUCAGAGAGGGAUGUUGUAGCGUCUCUUCAACUUGGAGAAUUGCUCUUGUGGGAUUUGACUAAACCAUGUUUACCUCUACAAAACAAUAUAUUAUUUCCUGAAAACGGAGGGCGUAUAGCAUUCUCCCCUCAAGCAGAAUUGGUUGCAGCGGUUAAUAGCUUAGACAGUACUCUGAAGGUCUUCCACGUCAGAAGCCAAGCGGUGAAACUGACAGCGGGACUAACUUUACCUACCAAUGUUUGCUGGCACUACAGAUAUCCUUUAAUUUGUGUGGGUGAUGAUUUUAAACUGUGCUUUUGGAAAGUCACCGCGAAUUAAUGUAAAAUCACUGCUAAUUAAUGUUUUUUAAGAACUAAACUUUUUUUAAUAAAAUAUUUUUUAAGUACAAA